CUUCUUUCACGUGUGUGUGCAAUGACAUUAAAGAUACACCUGUUUCUGAUUAGCAAUCAGAAGCUGGAGUUUGAAGGUUGCUUGAGUGGACACGUUUUCACAUUUGGUGGGAUUUUACAGAAAAAGAUGGGAUCACAAAGAAAGACCAGUCCAUGCUGCUUCUUGAUCUCUGUCCUGCUGGUCUCAGCUGCGAUCCUCCCAGCACUGGCUCUAGAUAGCCUGCUGUGCUACUACUGUCCUCUGCAGCAGAAAAGCAAGCCCUGCCCCAAAACCACCAGCCAGUGUAUGCCCGACCAGCGCUGCGCCAUCUCCAGAGGCAACUAUGGCUCCUUCCACAUCUUGUCUUCUCAGGGCUGUGUGGACAGUAAACUCUGUGGCUCCCAUAAAGUCGUCUCUUACCAGGGAGUCAAAUACAAUGUCAGCUACACGUGCUGCUGUAAAAGUCAGUGUAACAUCCCGCCCAAAUCUGACAGCAAUCUGAAGAAGCUACUGGAUUUGAUUGCAUUAAAAAUUGAUCAUGUUGGGAACACAGAUGGUCUUAAGGAAGAGCCUUUGGAUUCAUGUCCAAAUAACACAAGAACAACAAUACCUGUCACUGAUGCAUAGGCACCUUUAUUGUUGAAGACUGGGGAGAGUCCUGUUAGCCACUGGUACUUAAAUCUUCAGAAGAUGAAAGGCAUUCAGUCAAAUGUCUGUCAUUACUUUAAAAAAAAAAAGUUUGUAUAAUUUUUAAAAAAUGCAUUAUGUGUUGUGUGACUUGUAUUUAUACUCCAAAGAGAUGGACUUGUCAACCAUCUUUCUGUAAUGCCUAUUUCCAUAUGCAUGAGUUUAAAAAAAAUAAAUAAAAGCACUAUCAUUAUUAA